CUUGCGGCUCACACUGUCGGCGGCGCCCGCACCGCUACAGGCGCCCCGCGCUCGCUCUCCGCGUCGGGCGCGCAGCGGCUCGGGGCCCGCGGGAAGCGCAGCCUGCAGCCCCGGCCGUGAAGCUCAUGCCAGAGACACUCUGAAGCUCUGACUCGCCAGGGUGCAGCGUCUGGCCGCGAUGAACGCGAGCGCUUCUCCGCUCAACGAAUCCCAGGUGGUGGCGGCGGCGGCCGAGGGGGCGGCGGCGGCCACCGCGGCAGCGGCGCGGGACACCAGUGAAUGGGGGUCCCCUGCGGCGGCGGCUCUGGGAAGCGGCAACGGGGCUAACGCUUCCCUGGAGCUGUCCUCGCAGCUGCCGGCAGGGCCGCAGGGGCUGCUGCUGUCGGCGGUGAAUCCCUGGGACGUGCUGCUGUGCGUGUCGGGGACGGUGAUCGCAGGCGAAAACGCGCUGGUCGUGGCGCUCAUCGCGUCCACCCCGGCUCUGCGCACGCCCAUGUUCGUGCUGGUGGGCAGCCUGGCCACUGCCGACCUGCUGGCGGGCUGCGGGCUCAUCCUGCACUUCGUAUUCCAGUACGUGGUACCUUCCGAGACGAUGAGUCUGCUCACGGUGGGCUUCCUCGUGGCCUCCUUUGCCGCCUCGGUGAGCAGCCUGUUGGCCAUCACGGUGGACCGCUACCUGUCGCUUUACAACGCGCUCACAUACUACUCGCGCCGGACCCUGCUGGGCGUGCAUCUCCUGCUCGCCGCCACCUGGACAGUGUCCCUAGGCCUGGGGCUUCUGCCGGUGCUUGGCUGGAACUGCCUGUCGGAGCGCGCCUCCUGCAGCGUGGUGAGCCCGCUGACGCGCAGCCACGUGGCGCUGCUCUCGGCCGUCUUCUUUGUGGUCUUCGGUAUCAUGCUACACCUGUACGUGCGCAUCUGCCAGGUGGUCUGGCGCCACGCGCACCAGAUCGCGCUGCAGCAGCACUGCCUGGCGCCGCCACACCUGGCCGCCACGCGCAAGGGUGUGGGUACGCUGGCCGUGGUGCUGGGCACUUUUGGCGCCAGCUGGCUGCCUUUCGCCAUCUACUGCGUGGUGGGCAGUCGCGAGGACCCGGCAGUCUACACUUAUGCCACCCUGUUGCCUGCCACUUACAACUCCAUGAUAAAUCCUAUCAUCUAUGCCUUCCGCAACCAGGAGAUCCAGCGGGCCCUGUGGCUCCUGUUCUGUGGCUGUUUCCAGUCCAAAGUGCCCUUCCGCUCUAGGUCCCCCAGUGAGGUAUGAAGGCGUGCCCCUCUCUCCCCAAACCUCCCACGCGCCCUUCCAAUCCCGCCCUCCCCCCAACAAGCCAGCCUUUGGUGAGCUUCUCGGUGCCUGCUGAUGAACUCUGAGAUCCCAACCAUGUGAUCAAGAUGUUGGAAAGAAAGAAUAAGCAGAAAUGCAACAAACUCAUGAGGACAAUGAAGCUUGUUGGUACAUUACAUAUACAGUGUAUACAUGUGUACAUAUAUAUACAAAUAUUUGUAUCUUCUGGAGGUGUUCAGGAUUUGGAAGUUCCUGUUUUGUGAAACAAAAAAAGCAACAAAGAUGUGGUUGUAUUCUCAAAUCAUACAUCACAUUUGUCAAGUGAAGACAUUCCAAUAUGGCUUAAUUAUAGCACUUUAUUUUUAGCUGCUGAAUUGCCAAAACAGUGUUGCCAUUUUAAAGGGCAGGGGAGAGGGAAUCAAAUGUGUAUUUUUGUUGUAUGUGAUAGACUAUUUUGCUGGACAUGCAUCAGUAAAUUUGACAUAUUUUGUACGCAAAUAAACAUAUUAUGAAAAUGUAAA